AUGCUCUCCUCACUCAUCCUCCUCUCACUCGCCACAGCAAUCUCAGCGGAGUGCCAUCGGGAAUUCCUCAAAAAUUCAACAGACACCUACAUCAACGCGCAGACCCUCGGCCAAUAUGAGAAUGUCAAAUCCCUCAUCUUCGACUUCGCCCCCUACAACGAAAACAACAUCCCCACUGCCCUCGAAGGCGGCAUACUCGCCACCCCAAUCAAAAUUGACUUCGCCCGUAGCGUCCACGACACCGUGCAAUGUGCCACUUUCACGGAACUCAUCGCCGCCUCGAACCCGCAUCCGUAUGUAAUUCAUACACGUAUGGAGUUCGAUGCCAAUAAGAUGAAGGCAAGUAGGAUUGAAAGCAUUGUUACGGAUAAGGGGGAUUGGCUUUUUAAUGCUACAGGGACGUUGGCGCUUAAUGAACCAGAGAAAUGGGAUGCUAUACCUAAAGCUCAACAGGAUUCUCGCGCAGUUAUCCAAUCAAUCGGCGACGCAUACUUUGACCGCUUCGGCAACGUGUCUGUAGUCGUCCCCUGGGGCCCGCCCUGCUACCGCGUUGAAGGCGGGUUACCUGCUAAGGGGACUCUGACGGCGAGUGGGGACUGCGUGAUGGAGUGGCCGAGCACGAUUCAUGUCCCGUAUAGACGGUAUGUGGUCGAUGAGCAGUAUGGGGUUGUGAGUCUAUUUGUGGGUUUCCCCGGGCUAGAUCGUACGCAAGGGGAGGACCCGAUGCCGGACAGUCAUGUUUUUAGGGUGGAGGGCGGGAAAUUGAAGUACCUGCAUACCGCUAGUGCCUGUGUGGUGGAAGGGUGUGGGUUGAAUUCGACGUUUGGUGGUGGGCUUUAG